AUGAUACUAGUACUUUGUUAUGUGAAGGGUGAUUGGCAGCCAACAGUUGGGUCUAAACUUCGUGAUCUCUUCAAUGAGGGAAAAUGGUUUCUCCUUCACGAACCCCACAUACUUGAUCUCUAUCUUCGUGGCAGGUGCAAUCCAAUGUCUGUUCCGCCAAAGACCUCCGAACCAUACUACGAGUAUACCAUCCUGCCGCUGAAUGGCAUGGCUUCAGUUCCCAUCGCGCGCCACAUUACAGACGACACGGGUGUCACGACAACGCAAACGCACUCAUUUCCAUAUCCAGACCUCGGCGUCAUACACUCCCAUGUUCAUCCACAUUACGUUAUCUUCCAUGCGGCGAGAACGAUAUUUACAUUUACAUCUAUGGCGGACAGACAACAAUAUCCAGAGUACAAAGGCAUGCUUGGAAACGUGCUUUAUUAG